AUGUCUGUACUCUCGAGUGUUGUGAAGCUUGUCCCAGGCCGCACGGUUUUCUUCGUGUGUGACAUUCAGACACGAUUCAGGACAGCUAUACAUGGCUACGACCAUGUGAUAGGAACUGCCGCAAAGAUGCUGAAGUUCGCGAAGAUCCUUGAUGUUCCUGUGGUGAUAACUGAACAGAAUCCGAAAGCUCUCGGAUCCACAGUGCCCGAGCUGGAUGUUGCUCCACUCGGUCCGCUCUACCUAGGCACAGUCCCGAAGACGCUGUUCUCCAUGGUAACGCCGGAGGUGAAGACCUUACUGCGAGAACGCAAAUUCCAGUCGGUCGUGCUGUUCGGCAUUGAGGCACACGUCUGUGUCCUUCAAUCAACACUGGACCUUCGCGAGGCAGGAUAUGACGUGCAUGUCCUUGCGGAUGGCGUAUCCAGCUGUAAUCCUGAAGAGGUCCCCUACGCGCUCGCUAGGAUGCGCCAAGCUGGUGCGCAGAUCACCACAAGCGAAAGCAUCGCCUUCCAGUUACAACACGACGCCGCCAGGCCAAAUUUCAAGCAGUUUUCCAAUGCAAUCAAGGAGGAAAAGGACACGACCACGACGAUCUUGGAGGCAUUGCUGCGACCGCGCAGCCUAUUGUAG